UUUAGCCGCUUCCCACAAGGCCUCGCUCUUUCCUUUGCGACAUUGUCCCGACAGAAUGUCCCCGGCUAAGAAAGGCGGAGAGAAAAAGAAGGGCCGCUCUGCCAUCAACGAGGUGGUAACCCGGGAAUAUACCAUAAAUGUGCACAAACGUAUCCAUGGCAUAGGUUUCAAGAAACGUGCUCCUCGUGCCAUCAAGGAAAUCCGUAAAUUCGCUGUGAAGGAGAUGGGUACACCGGAUGUCCGCAUUGAUACUCGUUUGAACAAGGCUGUUUGGGCUAAAGGUGUGAGGAAUGUUCCAUACCGCAUUCGUGUGCGCUUGUCCAGAAAACGCAAUGAGGAUGAAGACUCUCCCAACAAACUAUACACUUUGGUAACAUAUGUUCCUGUCACAUCCUACAAAGGUUUGCAGACGGUCAACGUUGAUGAAAACUGAAAUGUAAAUUCUUUUAAAAUAAACUGCUAAAAGUG